AUGUCGGCAACCAUUUCUCUAUUACCCUCAAUGGUAUCUGGAACUGCUCUCCCCAGUGAGACUAUAGAAUAUUCCCAUGGUAUGAUCCCGAGUUUUGGUGGUAACUUGAGUUUUGCAAUUGUAAUGGGUAUUCUUUUCAUAACCCAUGCAGUCUUUGGUGUAUUUUAUAAACAGUUUUAUUUUGGUAUUGCUUUCUUUAUAGGCUGUCUUUUGGAAGUCAUCGGUUAUAUUGCAAGAACUCUUUCUAAUAAUGAUCCAACAAACGAUGACCUAUUUCUAAUUCAGAUUGUUACUCUAACAAUUGCUCCAGCUUUUAUUAUGGCUGGUAACUAUUAUUUAUUAGCAAAAUUAGUAGCGGUAUAUGGUAAUUUUUAUUCUUUUUUAAAACCAAUUGCUUAUUCAUAUAUCUUUGUCUUCUGUGACUUGAUCAGUUUAGUAUUGCAAGGUCUAGGUGGUGGAAUAUCUGCUUCCUCUUUAUCCUCGGAAGACAAUGAAAGUGCUGACUUGGGUAACGAUAUCAUGCUUGCUGGUCUUAUCUUCCAGGUGAUAUCCAUGUCUGUUUUCUUAGUCUUUUGGUUGGACUUUGUUUAUUCAAUUUAUUUCAAAACUAAUAAGAUUUCCAGAAAAUUCAAUGAAAUGUACAAUAAUGAUAAUAUUGAUACUAUCGAUGAUGAUAGUAACAUUCACCUUAACACGAAUCAAAACAAUAAUCAACAUAACAACAAAAACAAUUACUCCAAACUUUCUUCAAUAAAACCAUCUCAUCCUUUUGAUCUUUUAUCAAAGGACCAUUUAUUUAACCCUGAUUAUAAGCAACUUCGCCAAAAUAAUAAAUUAUUACAAUUUUUCCCCAUUAUUGUGACUUUAUCCGUUUUAUUUAUCUAUGUUCGUUGUUUUUAUAGAGUCUUUGAGCUAGCUGAAGGUUGGAGAGGUGAAUUAAUUCUCAAUGAAAUUUACAUCUUUAUUUUAGAUGCGCUUAUGAUGUCUUUAGGUAUUGUUGUCCUAGCUUAUCCCUUUUACCCUGGCCAUGUCUUAAGAAGCAGACGUUAUAGUAUAGAAAUCGGUGCAAGACUAAAGCUCUCAGAUCUAAAAUUGACUAAAAAAGAUCUCGACCAACAUCUCUAUCAGAUCAAAUUAAAUCAAGACAAAAAUCGUUUUGAUGAGAGCGAUGAUCAGUCAAAGUCUGAAAAUUUUAAUUUAACCACUUUUGCUGAUGAUAACCGAGUUUCCUCCAACCUGAACAAUGGGUCCCCAAGAUCUCAGACUGCAUUUGCCUGA